CCUCGCUGGGGUGAACAUUCGACGAGGUGGGCCGUGACGGAUGUCGACUACGCAGAGCGGUGACCGGGAGGUCGUCACCGUGGUAUCAAUAGAGAAUACAGAUGGGAGUGCUACGGGCCAUGUCGUGUUGGGUGUAUUGGGCAGUCUGGCGUUUGUGUUUUUCCUCGUAAUCAUACUCGUGCCUAUUAUUCGCUGGAGGAAGCGGAGGGGGAGUGCGAGGGGUACUUCGACGACGGAGAGUCGAGCGAGCUCGCGGCGCACGCAUACGCGGAUCGUUUCGGAGUAUCAUCAAGAUGCGGCAGCGCCGCUCCUUGAAGAACAGCCAAUAACAACAACCGGUGGUGGGAUGGCCGCUGUGAAUAUGAACGUGCCUAUGGUCACUCAGCCUCAGCAGGGUGUUCUGAGCGAUCAGGGUCGACGGACUACGCCGAGCCGUCCGCCGACUGCGUUGCUCAAUAUGAAAAUCCUGCAGACUCUACCGAAUUUUGACGAAGAGGAUGAGAGCAACUCGUCAUUGGGGAGGCCACUAGAGCCGGAUGAGAGGACGUUUCCUGAGGCUACUACUGACACUAGUGGUACUGGCGUAUGGCUAGUUACUGACGCGAAUAGGAGAAGCGCUGCGCUGCCCCCUAUUCCGGCGCCCGAGCAACCCUCGCGCGACUCGACACUGGUAGCAACGAGUCCACCGACGUCGCCGUUAACGAAUGCGUUCCAACGACCACCUUCCAUUGCACCUUCUGAAUCUAUGUCAAUCGCGAAUUCUCUUGGCACGUUCCGUUAUCCUUCGCUCGUGUCGUCAUCAUCAAAAAGUUCCGUGCCUACUUCUACUGCUCUAAGUACUCCAAGGAAUACGGCAUAUACACCCUCACCGUCAUGGAUGCCCAAAUCACUCGUGCCUGGUACGGGAAGUCCUGUACAGAGCGAGACGUGGUGGCGUACACCGUCAAUGCCACCGAUUCCAGAAUCAGUACGCUCCGCGUCCCUUUCGUCGGUACAACAACACGGCGGUCUAGAAACUACUACCAAGACUAAGAGAGAUUCAUCAUCGCCGUCACCUGCUGCUGUAUUACGUGAUACCUCUGCUGAAGCUGGACCGAGUACUGUUGUUCGGCAUGUUCGACAUUUGUCUGGGGAGGCCACUACGGCUACGUUAGGCUCGCUUUCUCGGUCGAGUACUCAGCAUACGAAUACGGAUCGUAGUAAUAAGGAGCGUGAUGAGAGGCGGGUGAGUACGCUCACACACGGGACGUUUGGCCGUCAGGGACAUGCGGAUAGCCGAGAGGCGUCGCAUACGAGGGGAACCACCGAGUCUGAGGAAGGUGAUGGUGGUGGUAUCGUGGUUCCUCCCGAUAGUCCGACUGAACGAACUAUCAAAAACAUGAAAAGACGGACAUUAGAUUACCCUCGAGAACCUUCACCUCCUUUAACCGUUGCACCGCUUUCCGCUCCUCCUCCAUUACAUUCCCAUUCCACUCGAUCUUCUUCCAUUCAACAUCAGCCUCCUUCACGGUCAACAACAACAACACCCGGACGUCCUUCUUCAGGUCCCAUACCGGAUCCGCAGUCACCUCAAGAUAACGAACCUGAUCCACCGCCGCCGGAAGUGCAGCUUGCUAGUCCGUAUGAAUACGGACAUAAUGAAGAAGCGUCUAGUUCAAGUGAACAGUUACUCCUCCCACAAGAUCAAGAUUCCUCCUCCGCACCACCUUUUUCACUCCCGGAAUUACCUUCGUUGCCCCAACUUUCGCCCUUGGCGCUCGAAUUUAGGCUGGACUCGGCGGCUGCAUCGAGGAGUAAUAGCGCGAGUACGGGACGAGGGAGUAGGAGGAGCGGUAAAUCCAAUAAGUCCAACAAUUCUAUUGGACGAGGAAAAGGGAAGGGAGAAGGGAAGGAAGGGAAAGGUCAUGUGAAGUCACCUUCGAAAGCCAGUUCGAUUAGCGCUUUUAGUUGCGGGACGGGGUCGAAACGAUCGUUACGUUCACUAGCGAGUUUUAGUUCGAGCUCUCUUCGUUCGCGGUCGAAGUCUCGCGAACGAGGAGGGGAUCGAGGAGUUGAUAGAGUGAAACAUGCGAGAAGGGUGACGUUUGGGGAUACGGCUGGGACGCCUCCGCCUGUACCUGUUCGAACUCCUACUCCUACGCAUACACAUACUCCAGCUAGUAGAGCGAGUACGCCUGCUGAACAGUCUCAGUCGCGCAACAAUUCCCCUGUACCAGUCCUUAUGCCGCAGAAACGACCUUCGAGACCGUUACCGACACUGCCUGCUACGUUGAUUGCGGGGUAUUCGAUACCGCUUCCGGGUCAGGUUGGUAGUAGAGUUAUUGGUGGACCACCUGGACCACAGCAGCAGGGACGGGGUAAUGGCAAUGGUAAUGGCAAUGGAGAGGGAGGCUAUGUCGUUCAUUGAUUCCUACUCCUUCGUUGAUUUUGGUUUGAAUUUUGAGUUUGUUUAUUGACUCUACUUUGCUAUCUUCUCAUUUUUUUGGGUACGAUAUGUACGACCAUUUUUGUAGGAUUUUUUGCAGUUACACUUAACACUCAUGGACUCUUUACGAGAACUUAUCAGAUCCCUGUACACUCAUUCACUUUUUUCUACUUUUUUCGCUCUUUGACACGACCACUUGAUCAUCGGACACUUCUUGCAUGUUUAUGAUGAGUUAUUCUGUAGUGGUAUUUUUGUUUAUGUUUGU